UACACCAAAUCGUCACACUGAAAAUAAAUGAACGUUUUCUUAACAAAUAGAACACAAUGUCAUCUAAUUCAAAAUAAUCAUGUCAAGAAAUACGGCCACAAAUAAAUUCAUUACAGUCAAUGUUUUUUGAUGACAAUUAAUAUUAUCGUGAGUAUACGUCACGUCUACUGGGUAAUACAAUUCAAAGAGGCAGCUUGGGUUGCCUGAAAUGAGAUUAACUUGCAGUGGAAUAUGGAAUGUAUACGGUCCUCAACAUGAGGAAACAUGCUCAAAACCUCUGGAGCCUCAGGAGAGAGCUGCAAUGUUGUGAACAAAUACUGAACAAACGAUUCAAAGGGAUUUUAAAAGAAAAGAGCAAUAACUCAAAUAAAGGGCAAAUAAUAUUUGUUGCACAUGAAUCAGUAACUGUCAUUGUGUCAUUGUUACUAUUAAUCUAUCAUUAGGUUUUAUUAGUCUCUAUGAAACGUUUUUGUUGACUUGGCAAUAUGUUUGAAAGGGAGUCAGAUGUUUGAUUCUUUGUCGAAAUACAUUGAAGAGUGUUUUGUGCAUUUCGUCAUCCCUUCAGGCAAGAGUCGGCAAACUUUGCAGCGUCAGCCAACACUAAACUCCUUACUCUUUGAAACACACAUGAGAACACAAGGAACAGGUGCCAAAUAACUCAGGAGUUUACCAACAUUGUAAAAUAAAAACUCUAGAAUUGGAAGUAUUUUACUUUUGUAUUAGACUCAAAAUGAGGUGAGAUCCAAAGUCUCUUUUGCCAAACUUAUUCAUUUACUUAUUUCACUUGUUUUCUUUAUUUUAAUGAAUUACGUUGGUUCAUCAAACUAAUUUGCUGAUGAAUAGACUAUAAAUAAAUAAAUUCCAUAAAUAAAUGGGAUGGUGCUGUUGGUGGCAAACAUGGUAUAAACAUUGUCUGCAAUCAUUGUAUUCAUUCUCACAAUUAUCUUGUUAGUUUCCAACUGUGGGAUCAUUUAUUUUCUCUGACCUUCCACAGCAAUGUGUAUUAAUAUUAUUGUUUAGUGUACAUCAAAAUCUCAAUUCCUGCAUUCCAACAACUGUGGCUGUAUAUAUUUGUAUCAGAAAACAACUUGGAUGAAGGGGCCACCUUGUGGUGGAAUGUAGCGCGGUCUAUUUACAGAUUAACAGUCACGGCAGGCUUCAUAUGAACAAGCUACAUUUGAGGGACAGAAAAAAAAAUCCAAACAUCCCAGUGGAUUAUGACCAUUUCGGAAGUGUUUUUCUGUGAUAAUAAAUAGGGACGUCUCUGUGCAGCCUAUCGGAUUGCGCGAUGCAAUACGCAUCCAAAUGAAAAGAACGCCAGUCCUUUCGCUAAUCCUUGUCUAUCCUUUUUAUCUCUGGACUCAUAGCAGUCCGAUCACUAUGGGACAGCGAAGCGGUGGGACAAAGCAAUGCGGCUGAUAUUCCUGUAAAUGAGAGACAAAAAAUCAAGUCUGUUUGACUUCAGUGGGCGCGAACCGGGCGCAUGUAGCCAAGCUGCGUAUGCGUGAAAGUGGGCCAAAAUGUUCCUCGUCCUGCUCCUGGGGCUCUACGCGGCUACAGGUGAACUUUUCUCCCCGGUGAACUCGUGUCCGUCACAGUGCAGCUGUUUUUACCACAACUUGAGUGAUGGAUCAAAGGCCAGGAGCGUGAUUUGCAAUGAUCCCGAGAUAUCUGUGGUGCCUGUCGGGUUUCCCUUUGACACGUCCAAGCUGCGCAUCGAGAAGACGGCCAUCCAGCGGAUACCGAGCGAAGCCUUCAACUACCUCUCCAAUCUCGAAUUCCUGUGGAUGUCUUUCAACACCCUGUCCGCCUUGAGCCCGGACAGUUUCCGGGAACUGCUUAACCUGGAAGAGCUUCGUCUGGACGGGAAUGCCCUCACCGCCUUUCCCUGGGAAUGUCUCAUGGAUAUGCCCAGUCUCAGACUUCUCGACUUGCACAACAAUCAGCUCCCCUCGCUGCCAGCGGAGGCCACGACUUACAUCAAAAACCUCACCUACUUGGAUCUGUCUAGCAACAGCUUGCUGACCCUGCCGACGGAGGUGCUGUCCACCUGGCUGGCGGUGAAACCUGUCCAAGGUCCAGAGAGCUCCAAGCUGAUACUUGGUCUCCACGACAACCCCUGGGUGUGCGACUGCCGGCUGUACGACCUGGUCCAGUUCCAGAAGUCUCCGACUUUUUCAGUUGCGUUUAUUGACACGAGGCUGAGGUGUUCAGAACCGGAAAGUGUAUCAGGGGUGCUGUUCACAGACGCAGAGCUGCGGCGCUGUCAGCUCCCACGUAUUCACACAGCCGUGGCUCGAGUUCGGAGCGCUGUUGGGAACAACGUGCUGCUCCGCUGUGGCACCAUUGGAGUCCCGAUCCCGGACCUGUCGUGGCGCAAGGCAGAUGGGCAACUCCUUAAUGGAACAGUCCAGCAGGAAACAUCAAAGGAGGGAAUCACCUGGUCCAUCCUCCGUGUCCCGGCUGUGUCCUACCAGGACUCAGGGAAAUACAUCUGCAAGGCCACUAACUACGCUGGGAACGCUGAAGCUGUCAUUUCUCUCAUUGUCUCUAACUCACCAAAAUCAGAGGGGAACCAAACAAGCAACGACAAGAAAGCCAAAGUGAAGAAACCCAACCCGGUGGGGAAAGCGGCCUACCAGGAGAAACUGGUGGCCCGAUAUGUGGUUCCAACCUCCACCCCUCCAUCACUCUCAGCCCUGGAUCCAGGCCUUCCACCUGAUCUCGUCGCUGACCCUCGACCAGCCAGCUACAGCCUAGCUGACAGAGCCACCCCAGGGCCCGCCGCCCCUUCCAACCCAGAGGCACUGCUGGAUCUGGAGAAGACUAAUCUGAGCAACCUGGCGGCCAACACGUCAUCGCUGCAGCAGGACCCGGACCGGUUGGUCCGCUCAGUAAAGGUUGUGGGGGACACGGACGAUACAAUUUAUUUGAACUGGAGAGCCCCCAAGGCCAAGAACACGACAGCAUUUAGUGUGCUGUACGCCGUGUUUGGAGAACGGGACAUGAGAAAGAUCAAUGUUGGGGCAGGACAGAACCGCGUUACCAUCAACGGGCUGGUGCCCAGGACCAAGUACAUUGCCUGUGUGUGUGUGAGGGGGCUGAUCCCCAAGAAAGAGCAGUGCGUCAUAUUUUCCACUGAUGAAGCAGCCAGCGCGACCGGAACCCAGAGGUUGAUUAAUGUGAUCGUGAUCACCGUGGCCUGUAUCAUCGCGGUCCCGCUCACUGUCAUCGUGUGCUGUGGGGCUCUGAAGAGACGCAUUCAGAAGUACUGGGGAAAGAAAUCCAAGGAUAUCCAAGAUUCCUAUGUGACCUUUGAAACGCUGUCACCUGCCACGAAGGCCAAAGGGCUCGAGGGGGAGUAUCUGAACAGACAGAACCCAGAGGAGUCCAACAGGCUGCUGUCGGCUCGCUCCAGCUUGGACUCUGAGGCAACAGCUAAGAUAGAGGGACAGCCUAACGAGUACUUCUGCUGACAUCAUGCUCCAGCUCCGGCUCCUACUGCACGCCAUCUUCCUCGCACGCACCCGCAUCCACGUCCAAUUCAGACCGCUAAUACCCAUUCACAUCCCCAUCACCGCCCCCAACUCCAUCCACACCCGUUUCCCCAUCACUGCCCGUGCUCGCACUCCCGGCAAUAUCCUGACUUCAGUCCCCCCCCCACGCGCUCUCGUACGCCCACACCAUGGGAUUCCCCCCCACCCGUGCCCCCUCGCUGGAUCAUGCCACCAACUCCACCGCCACAAAGAACCAACUUCUAUCAAAGGACUUUUGCACGCUGCACUAUAAUGGAAAUAUCAGUUUAGAGGAAUAUUUAACAAGAUAAUUAAACUUUUUGUCAGACAUUUGUAGAGUGACAUGUGUGUUCUUACAGAAAAAGUGGCGCUCACUUCUCUGACAUACAUAUAUGUAUCCAUGGAUUAUGAGUAAGACAACUUGAGUACACGCAUAUGUCUGUACAAAAUGUUUGAUCACUAAGCCUUUAAGAAAAACAAAUAUGUCUAAAAGGUGAAAGAGCAAAGCAAUUGUGGUGAACGGUUUUUCAUCUCACUUGAGUGCAACAGCGAAGAAACCUCUGCAACCUGAUGGUAGAUUCUAUUGUAUAUUUCAUUGAUGUAUGUGUAUGAGUUGUAUAUAUUUAUCAGAUGAUGUACACUUACAUAUACAGUAAAGUCUGUGCCUCUGUAUAUAUCUGUCAUAUGUUCCCAGAGAAGAUAUACACAUAGGCAUGGUUCAACACUCUGGUGUAUGGAGGAAAGCUGGAGCUGGAGAGAAGUACAGAAAGGACUGAACUAUGAAACAAGUUAAAUAAGGUGGAAAUGAUGAUAAAUGAAAUGUUAAUAGAUUUCUAUUCCCUGCAGUGAGACACAAAUGCUAAAAUAUCUUUAUGUACCUGUUUUGUGCAACCAACAUUACCCUAUUACAUGUAGAUCGAUUCAUUCCAAUGAUAUUAUUUCAAUAGUUGAAUAAACUUUUAUAUACAAAUCCA